AUGGCCGUCGAACGCCAGACCUCUGCCCUUCCACCUGCUCAGCCUAGUUACAUCUUCCGCGGCCAUACCGCGCAGAUUCACAGCGUACAGAUCGUACGCGACAAUCGCCAAUUACUUACGGGCGAUGCCGAUGGCUGGAUAGUGCUGUGGAAGUUAGAAUCCAAACGACCUGUAGCCGUGUGGAAAGCCCACGAAGGUGCAAUCCUGGGUACAGCUGAAUGGGGUCCUGAUAGAAUCAUAACCCACGGUCGUGACAAUUCACUUAGAAUAUGGCAAAUAUCGCCCACCACCACAACCGACCUUUCUACAGUUCUGCCCAUCGACAAUGCUUCUGUGCAUCGUCCCAAGCCUUGGUUGCUGCACAAACUCCCAGCAAACACUCUUAAUUUCUGCGCAUUCUCCGCGAUUGCCCGUUGGCCUACACUCGAAAACCGAGCGUCAUCACGAUCAGUACGGGCCGAGGGGUCCAUACUCGUAGCGGUGCCUGCACGCGAUGAUCAUAAGAUCGAGAUCUACCAGUUUCCAGAGGAAAAGCUGGCGUAUGUCGUGCCGAGAGUCCAGUCUCCUGAUACAGGUAUGGUUAUGGCUGUGAAACUUGCACACCAUCAGCCUUCAAACAACCUCAUCGUUCUCGCUGGGUAUGAGGGCGGAUACACCGCUGUGCAUCUUCUCAAAUUCAGCCCCAAUGCCUCUUCAGAAACAGAGACCUCGUCGAUUCUCGAGCGUGCGCAGCUUGUAUACCUCAGUAAACCACAUUCCCAGCCCGUUCUAUCUCUAGACGGCCCACCAGACGGUACUUCUUAUUUUACUUCUUCAGCAGACGCCAUUAUUGCAAAACAUACCAUCUCGGAUCUACCGAAUAGCCAUAGCAAUAUUGGCGGACUUCCUCACAACAAUUAUGUUGAGAGUUCGCAAGCAGAUGUGCAGCCAGUUUUAGAUCUCAACAAUGUUGUAGGGGAUGCAUCAGUCACCAUGCAACAUCCAGCGCAGCAAGAUCCAACAGAGCCAACAACUGAAGGCAUUCCAACGUCAUCCGAAGCACACGUUGAAACAGUAAAGGCCCCGGAGGCAGAGUCGACUGGACCUCUUGACUUUUCCAAGAAACCCAUAACUUCAACACAUCUCGCGAAUGCAUCCACCCAACCCACGGCCAAAUCAUCCUUGACGCAUGACAAAAGGCCUUCAGGACUCUCAUCCCUCCUCGCAACGGCAGGACCUCAAUCUGGCAUUAAACCCAAGCCUGCAUUUAGGCCCAAUAUCACCGUCCAGCCUGCGUACAAGACAGUCCAGACAAAACAUGCAGGCCAACAGUCAUUGAACGUCCGCUCCGAUGGCCGUCUGCUAGUCACAGCGGGUUGGGACAGUCGAGUACGAGUAUACAGCACCAAGACACUCAAAGAGAUGGCUGUACUCAAAUGGCAUAAGGAAGGCAUCUAUGCAACGCAUUUUAGUGUCCUUUUAGAGCACAAACCCAAGAAUAGUCCAGAACAUCAAGUUGAUGCACAUAAAGCUGGCGGACCUUCGGAUUCCCCGGACACCUCUAACGAGCUUCUCAAUGUCCAGCAAGAAUCAUCUGGAUUGACUCGUUUGCAGAACAAACGAGAGGAGCAGAUACAGGCGAAGCAUUGGGUUGUUGCGGGCGCGAAGGAUGGGAAGGUUAGCUUAUGGGAGGUCUUCUAA